CCGCCUGUCACGCGGAAGACCGGGGUUCGAUUCCCCGACGGGGAGUUUCUUUUUCUCGGUAGUGAUGGUUUACUCAUUUUUUUCGUCUUAUAAACAAAAACAGUAGUAUUAAGCAACACAAGUAUAAUACGUAACUCAUUAUAAAUGUCACUUUUCCACGCCGGACACCGACUGGCUCCGUGACGUGGUCAUUUCCGGACGUUUGUGUUGAUGAUUACCCACCUAUCGACUAACUAUAAUUAAAAAAACAUUUCCAUUCAGAACAAUCUCUCAGCAGCGAGAGUCAAGCAACACGUCCCCGCAAAGUCUGGCUGCGGAAGGUGGGGGUGGAUCUUUGCAGACAGUCCACGGACAGACUCCUCCUUUGGAGGCUUGCGUGCAGAAGUCCGGCGCACAUUUUCCUCCUCACCGCCGAGCACGGCGCUCUCUCCUCGGCGGUGGUAACUGAAUAGCCCGUGUAAUCUGACACUUCAACUUGCCGUGGCUCCACGGUAGUUGAUUCAGUCAAUCAGUCAGUCAGCGGCACCGUGGGCUCGGUGGAGGAAGCCCCCCGAACACGAGGAGGCUUUUUUUUUUUUUUCUAAAUUCAAUUCGGGGAGGAGACAACAAUACUCGCGGGCGGGAAUCGCGUCUUCGGAUCCCGGAGCUGGAAAUCGCCACUUGACGACGGGGGUCAGCGAGGGACCACGCGUGAGGAAUACAUGAGGGGGGCGGGCUAGGGAGGGUGCAGCAGCGACCGCGCCAGCAAGCACCACCACCGCAAGACGUGGGGCCGGGGGCCUGUGAUCGAUGAGGAUUAAGGAGCGGAUUUUGUCAAAACCGAACGCAGGAACGCCCUCCUCCACUGAUGGACUAACUUGCAUGGCGUCCCGCUAGAGCCAUCAACAUGAACACGCUACCAUCCAUGGACCGGCACAUCCAGCAGACCAAUGACAGGCUGCAGUGUAUUAAACAGCACUUACAGAACCCGGCCAACUUCCACUCGGCGGCCACAGAGCUGCUGGACUGGUGCGGAGAUCCCCGGGCCUUCCAGCGACCUUUUGAGCAAAGCCUCAUGGGAUGUCUGACGGUGGUCAGUCGCGUGGCAGCCCAGCAGGGCUUUGACCUGGACCUGGGCUACCGGUUGCUGGCUGUGUGUGCCGCCAACAGGGACAAAUUCACCCCCAAAUCUGCCGAAACCAGCACCUGCAGGAGAUGUCAGACUGACUCAGCCCUGCUGUCGUCGUGGUGCGAGGAGCUGGGUCGACUGCUCCUGCUGCGUCACCAGAAGAACAGGCAGAACGAGUCGCAGGGGAAAGUGUCCAUGCAGCCCAGCAUGAACAGCAUGAAGGCCGGCCUCACGCACAGCGAUGGCUCCUUUCCCUACGACUCCGUCCCCUGGCAACAAAACACUAACCAGCCCCCGGGGUCAUUGUCUGUAGUUACAACAGUGUGGGGCGUCACCAAUACAUCACAGAGUCAGGUUCUGGGGAACCCGAUGGUCAACAGCAAUAACCCCAUGAACCACGGGGGUAACCCCAUGGCGUCGGGGAUGUCGGCCGGCGCGGCGGGGCUCAACUCGCCGCAGUUUGCCGCUCAGCAGCAGCAGUUCCCCAGCAAAGGAGGCUCCAGCCAGCAGUACAUUCAGCAGGGGAUGUACAGCAGACCCGGAUACCCUGGAGGCCCCGGGGGAUACAGUGGCAGUUACUCCGGAGGACCCAAUCCGCCCCCUGGAGGUAUGAGCAUGACCUCGCAUUCACGCCCGACCGGCGACUUCACUCAGCCCGCUGCCGCCGCCGCUGCAGCUGCCGUCGCGGCCGCAGCCGCUACGGCCACCGCCACGGCGACGGCCACUGUGGCGGCGCUGCAGGAGACGCAGAACAAAGACAUGAACCAAUAUGGACAGAUGUGUUCCUCCUUCCAAAUGGGCCCGGCUCAGGCCUACAACAGUCAGUUCAUGAACCAGCCGGGACCACGAGGCCCGCCCGGAGGUAUGAAUCCGGCCAGCAUGGGUUCAGGCAUGAACAACCCAAACAUGGGCGGACCUCCCAUGGGCAUGAGCCAGUCCCGUACUCCCGGCAUGGGACCGUUCGGGGGCCACGGCCAGCGGAUGCCCCAGCAAGGGUACCCCGGAGGACCCCGGCAAGGCAUGCCCAUGCAGGGAAUGAAGAGACCAUAUCCCGGGGAGGCGGGCUAUGGAGGUCAAUACGGGCCGAGCAGUCAGUUCCCGCCCCAGCAGGGACAGUACCCAACUCCCAACGCCUCCAGGCCGCUGCCUUCACCCAACUACCCAGGGCAGAGGAUGCCAGGGCAGCCGGGGCAAGGACAGUACCCACCUGGCAUGCCCAUGGGCCAGUACUACAAGCAAGAGCCCUUCAACGGGCAGAGCACCACCUUCUCAGGUGGUGGCUACUCAUACGGCCAAGGGAAUGGGCCCCCCAGGCCGGGUAACUACCCCCACUCCCCAGUACCUGGAAACCCCACGCCCCCAAUGACGCCCGGAAGUAGCAUUCCUCCGUACCUCUCGCCAAACCAGGAUGUGAAGCCGCCGUUUCCACCUGACAUGAAACCAAAUAUGACAGCCCUUCCUCCCCCUCCAUCUAACCCCAACGAGGAGCUGCGGCUGACCUUCCCAGUCAGAGACGGCGUCGUGCUGGAGCCGUUCCGCUUGGAGCACAACCUGGCCGUCAGCAACCACGUCUUCCACCUCCGACCCUCCGUCCACCAGACCCUCAUGUGGAGGUCAGACCUGGAGCUGCAGUUCAAGUGCUACCACCACGAAGACCGGCAGAUGAACACCAACUGGCCGGCGUCCGUCCAGGUCAGCGUCAACGCCACGCCCCUCACCAUCGAGAGGGGCGACAACAAGACCUCCCACAAGCCCUUGCACCUGAAGCACGUGUGCCAGCCGGGCAGGAACACCAUCCAGAUCACCGUCACCGCCUGUUGCUGCUCGCAUCUGUUCGUGCUGCAGCUGGUCCACAGGCCAUCUGUGCGCUCCGUCCUCCAGGGGCUGCUGAAGAAGAGGCUCCUUCCCGCGGAACACUGCAUCACCAAAGUUAAGAGGAACUUCAGCAGCGUGGCGGCCUCGGCGGGCAGCACCACCCUCAACGGGGAGGACGGCGUGGAGCAGACGGCCAUUAAAGUGUCGCUUAAGUGUCCCAUCACCUUCAGACGCAUCCAGCUCCCCGCGCGGGGCCACGACUGCAAACACGUGCAGUGCUUCGAUCUGGAGUCCUACCUGCAGCUGAACUGUGAGAGGGGAACAUGGAGAUGUCCUGUAUGCAAUAAAACCGCAUUACUAGAAGGUCUGGAAGUGGAUCAGUACAUGUGGGGGAUCCUCAACGCCAUCCAAAAUUCGGAGUUCGAGGAGGUGACCAUCGACCCGACAUGCAGCUGGCGGCCCGUGCCCAUUAAGUCGGAGCUGCACAUCAAGGAGGACCCCGACGGACCGCUCGCCAAGCGCUUCAAGACCAUGAGCCCCAGUCAGAUGACCAUGCCCAAUGUGAUGGAGAUGAUCGCCCAGCUGGGGCCUGGACCCGGCCACGGCCCCGGACCCGGUCCCGGCCCUUAUCCCCUGCAUCCUAGUCAACAUGCCAGUGGAAAUGGGGGAGAGUACCCAGUAGCAGGCAACACCUACCACAGUCAAGGGAACUUUGACUUCCCUCACGGGAACCCCUCUGGAGGCGGCGGCGGCGGAGGAGGGGGGCCACCUAUGAGCGACUUCAUCCACGGGCCGCAGCUCUCCCACCCGCCAGACGCCGGGCCUGGUGGUCUCAUGUCGCAGGACAAGCCCCUCAACCACGGCAUGAGCGACGCUAUGUCCCAUCCUGAUCAUAACUCCAUGCAGCCCAGCUUGCAUGCUUCUCCCCACCCCGGCGGCCAAUCGGGGCCCUCCUUGCAUCACGGCGGUGGUGGCGGCCAAUCGGGGCCGCCGUUGCAUCACGGCGGCGGCGUUGGUGGCGGCGGCGGCGGCCAACCAUCGCAGCCACCUCGCCCGUCCCAGCCUCAGCCGCCCGGGCAGAACGCUCACCCGCACGGCGAGCUGACCUUUAACCCCUCGUCAGACGGCCAGGACAUGCCCGAACCUUCGCUGGAUCUUCUUCCAGAGCUGGCCAACCCGGACGAGCUGCUGUCCUACCUGGAUCCUCCCGAUCUUCCGGCCAACAGCAACGACGACCUCCUCUCGCUCUUUGAGAACAACUAAGUCCCCCCUCCCCCCUUUUUUUUGGUUCCUCGAGCUAACCUCACACACGGAGUGCGGGGGGGCGCGUCUGACUGUCCCGGUCCGCAGACGCGACCUCGCUGACCGUACGCCGCCCCCAAUGCGCAGCACACGUGCACAGUCUUUCUUUACGGAUACCGAAAAACGUGCUGCAUGGGCGCGGGACUGAAAGGGAGAAAACAUCCCUGCACAUCUUUUUUUUUUCUUUUUUUUUGAGGAGUGUGUGUGUGUGCGUGUGUGUGUAUGUAUGUAAAGAUUCCACCAACAGCAUCGACGGCCAUGUUGGCGGGCACAAAGCGACAUAUGUAUAUACACGUGUACGACACCCCGUGUGACUUAUCAAGUGACAACUGUGCAGCUAUCAUCAUCAUCAUCAUCAUCAUCAUCAUCAUCGAGAGAGAGAGUAGACGAGGAAUAUGUUUGCUUUUAUACGAUAUAAGCAUGAUUUGGCUUUUGUGGGUUUUAAAAAAAAAAAAAACCCGGGAGGGAAUCUACGCAGCCCCUGAAGGGAC